AUUGUAGUCAACAUUUCUGUAAUUUAAUCUGUUCUAACCUCACUUUCUGUGUACGUCAAAAAUAUGUGUACAGCAUUGCCAGAAUGUUGCAAACGACAGGAGUGGAUAAGUCGUACCAAAACAAAACAAAAUAAAAAAUAUUAACAUUCACCUAAUGUGUAUUUGGCUGAGAAUAUAAAUUAUUAUUGGUUUACAAGUAAAUAUAAAUAGCUUCAGUACAGUCGCGUCUGUGACAUCACCUCUAAUAGCCCGUAUUCAAAUUUAUUGUUCAGUGUGUUUAUUUACGUGUUGCAUAAAUUCUCUCCCACCUACCCCCAGGGUUACGUUAAGGUCACACGUUUUUGUAGGUUAAAUUAUAAAAGCUCGACAUUACCCAAAUUUGCAUUUUCAAAAUGCCACACUUUCGCUUAGAGACAAAUGUGCCCCAAAGCAAUAUCCCGGCUGAUUUUCCGCAGAAAUUGUGCCAAAUCAUCUCGAAAUCGUUAUCAAAACCGAUCAAUUAUUGUGUGGCGACUGUGAUUGGAGGUGUUAACAUGUCUUGGGGAGGCACAACUGAACCCGCGGCUCAAGCCACUUUAAUGAGUAUUGGGGCACUGGGUGUGGAACCAAAUAAAAAACAUGCUAAAGCGUUGUAUGAAAUUAUUGAGAAAGAACUUGGAGUUAAAAAGGAUCGGAUGUACAUUCACUUUGUGAAUGCACCAACCAGCGAUGUGGGGUACAACGGGUCCACUUUCCACGACAUCUUUGGCAAUUAAGUUGAAUGAUGGUGUUUUAUGUUUUAUUCCAAUUAAAAAAAAUAUUACAAUUUU